UCUGAAGCUGAUUUUAACAGACCUGACGGAUAAUUCAACAAGUACUUUUCGAGUACUCUAUUUAUAGAAGAUUUUAAAAUCAUCUCUUUGUCAAACACUGCGCUGAAAAAAACACCCCAUAAAAAAAAAACACUAAAAGUGUUUUUUGUUUUGUUUUGCUUAUUUACAGGAAACGUUUCAUUAUUUGUUUACUUUUAAAUUAUUUUAAGCACAUCUUUCAGCCAUGACUUCAAGCAACGAGCCCUUGGAAAUAACUGGCAAUGAGCUGGUUCACAUCCUCAGGACUCCCCGGGACCAGUACAUCUCUGCUGGUUGUGUGGUGCUGGACUGCAGGCCUUUCCUUGAUUUCUCUUUUGCGCACAUUUGCGAGUCCCGAAAUGUCAACUGGAACUCAAUGCUACGUCGUAGAUCGAAGAGCUCGGUGGUGGCUCUGGAGUGGCUCAUCCCAGACAAGACGCUCCUGGGCCGGCUGCGGCGCUCUGAGUUCUCCCCGGUGGUCGUGGUGGACGAGAGCAGCCGCUCAGUGGCCGAGCUGAGGCCAGAGAGCGUGGUUCAAAUGCUGCUCACCGCCCUGCAAAACGAGGUUCAGACGCAGAUCUGCUUUCUACAAGGUGGAUUUGAGGGAUUUUCAGAGGCCUAUCCAGAGCUCUGUUACAGCUCUGCCAGCAGUCACCUGUCCACAGUGGAGCCAGAGCCAGCAGGGACUGGACGGAGGACUCCAGCAUACGAUCAGGAUGGUCCGGUGGAGCUACUGCCCUUCCUCUUUUUGGGCAGUGCCAUCCAUUCCUCCCGCAGAGAGACCCUCACGGCAGCGGGCAUCACAGCUGUGCUCAACGUUUCCUCCACAUGUCCCAACUUCUAUGAGGGCGAGUUUGAGUACCUGCGGCUCACUGUGGAGGACAGCCUCGCUGCUGACAUCAGAGCCUGCUUCUCCACAGCCAUAGCCUUCAUCAACUCGGUGAAGCAUAGUGGUGGUCGGGUUCUGGUGCAUUGCCAGGCAGGUAUCUCCCGCUCUGCCACCAUCUGUCUGGCCUACCUCAUGCACACGCAGCGCGUCAAGCUCGACGAAGCUUUUGACUUCGUGAAGCAACGACGUAAAGUCAUCUCCCCCAACCUGGCCUUCAUGGGACAGCUGCUGCAGUUUGAGACCGAUGUCCUCUGUCAGGGAUGAAAACCGAGAUGUAGUGAGAGGAAGCACAUUUACAUGACUGUACUUUUUCAUUAAUUCUUCUGCCUCUUGUAGGCAAACUCAGCAUUAUCAGGACUCAAAUUAAAUGUACUAAUGGACUGUUUGUACUACUGAAAGUAGUACACUAAACUGAGAGAAAAGCUACUUGUGUUGCUAGCGUCACAUGUGUGGUGGAUUUCCUAUUUUCAGGAGAAACUCACAGCAGCUGGCAGCAUAAACUCCACUCUUAAAAACACAUUAUGAACAAUUGUGAUCCUGAGCCUGCAGGUUGGAGCAGCUAUGAGGUAAUUUCCCUCACAUUUUAUACUGGAGGGUAAUCCUCCCUACUUGUCUGUGUUUUUUGUUUGUUUUGGGGUUUUUUUGUUUUUCAUGUGUGUGUGUGUGUGUUUGACUGUGCCUGAUGUUUUUCGAGGGCUGUCUUACUUUCACACUGAAAGUCAUCACAGUUACAAGAGAUGUCUUUUUGUGAGACAACACUGUGUUAACUGCUUAAAGCAAUACUGGACGAAUCUCAAGUCAGCUACAGUUGGUGUCUAAUCUCAAGUUUGUAAUGUGAGACGUGUUACGCUUUGUACGCUCAAACAGGAAGUAUGGAUGUUUUUAUUAUGCAAAUAGAAUUUUUAUUUUUAUUUAUUAUUUCAAUAUUUGUUAUGACAGCAUUCACAUUAUCACUGACUGUUACUGCACUUUAUACCAACAAGAUUUGGCUGAUUCCUGCUGUUUUUUCCACUAAAAUAAAAACAUGCUGGAGAGCACACUGUCACUCUUUA